UCCACUGUUUCCACAAUCACCACUUUUUUCCUUUUUCCCUUCCCCCAUUAUUUCCUCUUCAUUCUUUCUCUUCAACCUCUUCUAACCAGAAAGAACCAAAUUUCUUAUUCUAUCCUUCUCUCUCAUCUCUUAUUAUUAUUUUUUUGUAUCUUAAAGAAGAAAUCAGAAAAAUAAAGGGUGUAGAAAAGAAGAUAUAGCUGAUCACCAGAAGAUUAUAUUAAGUAUCCCUCCCAAUUUCAGCUCUUUGCAGCUUGAUUUUCUCUUAUUUAAAGAAUUCAUUUAGCCCCUCCUCUGAUUUUCAGCUCCUUUCUCUUUUAGUUUUCUGCAACUUUCUGGCUAAUAUUUCUCCAAAAUUGCCUCUCUUGUUCCCUAAAUUUCUUGUUUUCUUUGCUGUAAAGUUCCACGAUUGAAGCGAACCUUUUAAUUUUAUUGAAUUUUAGACAAAUGGGUCUGAUCAAAAUCCCAACUCUUUCCCAUAUCUUCAACCUGUAGAGCUUUUUCAGGAGCUUUUGCCAACUGGGUCUUGGAAAAUUUAGGUUUUCAGCUGAAGAAUCUGUAGAAAUUAGGGCUAAGAUGGCCAUUUCUCCGGUGCCAAUGGAGCCAACUGGCGGGGCAUUGACUGAAACGACCUUGAAUUCUGAGGAUUCUCGUCGUUUUGGGAAUCUUAGAGGUGUCCAGUGGCGUAUUGAUUUGGGGAUUUUGCCCUCUUCCCCUUCCUCCUCCGUUGAUGAUCUCCGCCGUGUCACAGCUAAUUCCCGUAGAAGGUAUGCUGCUCUGAGGAGGCAGCUUCUAGUUGAUCCACAUUUGCCAAAGGAUGGAAGUAGUUCUCCUGAUCUAGUGAUUGAUAACCCGUUGUCACAAAACCCAGAUAGUAUGUGGGGUCGCUUCUUCAAGAAUGCUGAAUUGGAGAGAAUGGUUGACCAGGAUUUAACGCGUUUAUAUCCUGAACACGGUAGUUACUUCCAGACAUCUGGAUGUCAGGGCAUGUUAAGAAGAAUUUUGUUACUGUGGUGUCUUAGGCACCAAGAGUAUGGUUACAGACAGGGAAUGCAUGAACUCUUAGCACCGCUCUUAUAUGUUCUCCAUGUUGAUGUUGAACAUCUUUCUGAAGUGAGAAACACGUAUGAAGACUACUUCACGGACAAAUUUGAUGGAUUCUCUUUUCAUGAAAGUGACUUGACAUAUAAAUUUGAUUUUAAGAAAUUCUCAGAGUUGAUGGAAGAUGGGAAUGGAUCUGGAAAAGUUGCCGCAAAUGCUAGCAGCCUCAGUCAACUUGAUCCCAAUAUACAAACUAUUGUUUUGCUGAGCGAUGCAUAUGGGGCUGAAGGUGAACUUGGUGUUGUCUUAUCUGAGAAAUUUAUGGAGCAUGAUGCAUAUUGUAUGUUUGAUGCUCUGAUGAAUGGGUCUGGUGGUGCUGUUGCAAUGGCAGAGUUUUUUUCUCCAUCUCCUUUUGCUAGUUCACAUACUGGGUUCCCACCCGUGAUUGAAGCUUCUGCUGCAUUGUACCAUUUGCUUUCUCUGGUAGAUUCAUCUCUUCAUACUCACCUUGUUGAGCUAGGGGUAGAACCUCAAUACUUUUCACUGCGCUGGCUACGGGUCCUAUUUGGGCGGGAAUUUGCUCUGGAAGAACUUUUGAUAGUCUGGGAUGAAAUAUUUGCUUGUGAGAAUUGCAAGCUGAAUAAAUUGGCAGAAAACGAUGUGGAUACAAGCUCUGGAGUACUUGACUCAUCUAGGGGUGCAUUUAUCUCAGCUUUUGCAGUUUCAAUGAUACUUUAUUUGAGAUCUUCUUUGCUUGCCACUGAGAAUGCUACUUCCUGCCUAAAGAGAUUGCUGAAUUUUCCGGACGAUGUAAAACUGGAGAAACUGAUUAGGAAGGCAAAAUCCUUGCAGGCACUGGCAGUGGAUGCAAACAACUCAAACCCACUGCUUACUCAAGCAGGAAUGUUUGAAAGGAGUGAGUCAGCAGCUGUUAGAGGACAUAGCCUUUCAUUUGAUGCCACUUCUCCAAGAACUCCCCUGACUUUAGUGCCUGAUAGCUACUGGGAAGAAAAGUGGCGGAAUCUACACAAAGAAGAAGAACGCAAGAAAGAUGCCUUAGAAAAACAAGCUCCAAGCAUCAGGAAGGGUUGGUCAGAGAAAGUGAAACUGGGCUUGUCUAGAACUGAAUCUGCUCCAUCCUCAUCUAGUGUUGAUAAGAGGAAAAAGGACCCAAAACUAUCUGUUAGGAGAAAUUUGUUGGAAGAUCUGGCCCGGCAGCUUGGAGCUGAUGAAGACACACAGAGCAUUAUGGAUGAUGAACGUGCAGAUGUGAAAGAUCAAGGGGUGGAAGAUGGCCAGGAUUUUAAUGAUAAAUUUGCUUGUACAACUGAGCAGACAUGUUUGAGUGGUAAUGCAGGUAGUGAAGAGAACUCUUCUAUUUUCUCUGAUCCACCAAGCCCUAUAAAUGGGGUUAAUGAUCAUGGAAAUGAAUCAGGGAGAAGUAGUGUUGCUUCAAAUUCAUCAAUUGAUGAACAUGAUGGUGGUACAAAUACAGCAGAACUUUGUGCACAUAAUCCAGAAGGCUUACCUCUUCCAGUGUCUGAUUCACCUGAUGAUGUCUCUUUAGAGGCCAGUCCAAAUGAUCAGACUGCUGCAGAAAAAUCAACAGUUGGCUUGAAAGAAAGGAAGCUGCUAUCUAAUAGUAAAUUUCAAUGGCUAUGGAAAUUUGGACGGGGUGGUGGUGAAGGAAUACCUGAGAAAGGGCAAGUCUCUGAGGCAAAUAAAGGUUGCAGCAACAGGUUUGAUCAUGAUAGUGUUACUCGCUGUUCUGCAUCUAAUGGAGGAGUCAUUUUGUCUUCUGAAAGUAGCAAAGGGGAGACUGUUGACCAGAAUGUCAUGCUCACUUUGAGAAAUCUUGGGCAGUCCAUGCUUGAGAAUAUCCAGGUGAUCGAAUCAGUUUUCCAGCAAGAUCGAGCUCAAGCAGCGCCCGCCAAAAACGUUCUUGUCGGUAAAGGACAAGUUACAGCUAGGUCAGCCUUGAAAGAGCUUCGGAAGAUUAGCAAUCUUUUGUCUGAAAUGUGAGCUGGGAAUUAUCUGUCAACUUUGUACAUACGAUUUUUUUUGUAAUUACUACAUCCUGAGUGCAAAAUAAAGACCAUUCAUCGGCUUUUUAUACCUCUUUCACGUCUGGUCAUACCAAUUUUGUAAUGUAUCAAGACUGUUAUGUAAAUACAGAUUUGUUUCAAUAAAAUUUGAUCAAUAUUGUUAAAGUUUGGAGAGCA